GUAUUUUGUUAUUGUACGGUACGGUUGGCGGUUUCGUCCGCGGCGGGCGUGCGCGAACUUGACAUCAGCGACAGCAGCAGCAGCAAUACACACAUGUGGAGGACAUCAUGGCGAAAGAAAAGGAGGCAAUUUUGCUGUGCUUAGAUGUUGGCCCAUCAAUGGAUCAGGCACCAAGUGGCCAUGCAACAUGUUUAGAAUCUGCACUUGAUGUCAUUACACUGCUUCUACAAAGGAAGUUAUUCAGUGAAUCUAAGGAUGAAGUUGGCUUAGUUCUAUUUGGAACUCAAGGAACUGCCAAUCAUCUGUCCAAUGAUGGCUAUGAGCACAUUACUGAAGCCAGACCUCUGGGCCCAGUAGAUUUAGAUUUGAUCCAGUAUAUCAAGACAGAUGUACAGCCAGGACCGCAGGCUGCUGAUUUUGUUGAUGCUCUUGUUGUUUCCCUGGACCUAUUGAGAGGCUCCUCACAAGGCAAGAAGUUCACCAGCCUACGUCUAUUACUGUUCUCUGACCUGGGAGGACAGUUUAGUGAUGACAACCUGGAAGGUUUUGUUAAUGCUCUCAAAGACCUGAAUGUUGAACUCAAUUUCAUUGGGCCUAAAUUUGAAGGAGAGGAUGAGGAAAGUCAAGAUGGAAGGCAGGAUGCAAACCAAGAUGAUAAUGGUCCAUCUACUAGUGAUGGUAGGAAAGCACUCACUAAACCAAGACAGAAAGAGAAAACACCGCAACAAAGAGCUGGGGAAGCAUUACUCAAGCACAUAUGGAAUCAAGUAGAUGGAGAAAAAUACUCAUUCAGUGAGACCUUGUCACUUUUGAGCUUCUUUGAAAAGCGUGCAGUGAAGCAAACAGCAUGGAAGGCCAACCUUGAGAUAGGACCAAACAUCCAAGUUCCUGUCUGUGGAUAUCUGAAGGUAAAACAGAGCACCCAGAAAUCAUGGAAGUCAACAUACAUAAAAGGAAAAGGAAAGGAGUACACACCCAAGACAAUACGCUCUCAACAUCUGAAUAAUGAUGAGGAAACUGAGGUGGAAAAGGAGGAAAUCAUAGAAGGUCAUCGUUAUGGUAGUGACAUCAUACCUAUUUCAGAAGAAGAUAAGGUUAACAUGGGUUACAAACCUCCAGGUAAACUUAUGCAAGUCCUGGGCUUCGCUAAGCAAGACAGUAUCAAGCGUCACCAGCAACUUGGGAAUAGUGUGUACUGCUUUGUAGCAGACCCAUCAGAUCAACAUGGAUGUGUAGCAUUAUCAGCCAUCAUCAAUGCCUUGUAUGAAACCAACUCUGUAGCUAUUGUACGUAGAACCUACUCUGCCAGAAGUAAUCCUCGUAUUGCCUGCUUGGUUCCACACAUCAAAGCUAAAUGUGAGAGUUUAUUGUACAUUGAGCUGCCAUUUAUGGAGGAUUUAAGGCAGUAUACAUUCUCAUCUAUCAAUGCCAAUAAGAAGAAUCAGCCAUCUGAUGAACAACUUGAUGCUGUGGACAAUCUCAUUAGCAGUAUGGAUCUCAUGAAAGCUAACACAAAUGAAGAUGGGGAGGAGGAGGAGGCAUUGAAGCCUAAAUUGACGUUCAAUCCGUACUAUCAAAGACUCUGCCAGUGUUUAAUGCACAGAGCACUGAAUCCUAUUGGAGCUUUACCGGCCUUGUCACCUGCCAUCGCUGAGUGUUUACAACCUCCUGCAGCAUUGUCUGUAGAAUGCUCCACUUGUGUGGACAAGAUCACAGAGUUGUUUAAAUUGGAACGUGUGAAGAAACAAGAAGUAGCAUCAGCAGAAAGCAUGUGGAAAGACAGUGAUGUAAAUGAAGCAGGCCCUGCAGCUAAGAAACCACGUCUUGAUGAUGCUGCAGACACUACAGACUUCAGCAUGGCUGGUAUGGCCAAAGGAGCUGUCACACAGGUGGGCACAGUUGAUCCUGUUGGAGACUUCAAUACAAUGAUCAGUCAGAAGGACCAAGACAGAUUUACUCAAGCGUCAGACCAAAUGCAGAAUCGUAUCAGGCAGUUGGUGCGUGAUUCAUUUGGUUCUCAGUUCUUCAGCAAGGCCAUGGACUGCCUUAAGACAUUAAGAGCAGCAUCUAUACAGCUUCAUGAACCGGACCUUUUCAACAACUUCUUGAGAAAACUCAAAGAUGAACUGAAAGAAAUCUUCAAAACAGACUUUUGGAGUCAGAUAAUUUCAGAGAAAAUCACAUUAAUAGAUUCAUCUGAGAGCAACGAGAGUACUGUCCCUAAAGCUGAAGCCAAAAAGUUUCUUGAAGAAACUGCAGAGGAUGAGGAGGUUGCUCCUGCUGAGCCAGUUGAAGAUGCUGAUGAUCUGCUGGAUAUGAUGUAGCAAGAGGAAGAGACAUUCAUUACAGUCCUUGAUGAAGACUAAGAGGAAGCUAGACUGAGCCUAUGCACAGAUGAAGAACCUGAUUAUUAUAUAACAUAGCUAAGUAGUUUCAUUAGUCUUUUAUUGAUUGGAAAUUGGAUGCCAUUGACAUUGAGAAGUGUCGGGGGGGGGGGGGGGGAUACCUAUAGAGAUGAUGUAGGUAGCAUGCUAUUUUUGUGAUUUCAUUUUCCCAAAAGUGGAUAUUACUUUCUUUUCUUUCUGCAUUUUGUAUCUUAUAAGAUAUCAUGUCUAUGACGUAUUGUCUUAACUUGAUCAGUUUUACUGUCAGAAUUUGUUUAUGUAGAAGAUUGAAUAAUAGUUGUUAGAUUGGAAACAGUGUGUUGCCUUGCAGAUUGCUUCUAGUUUGGGUGAAGGUUUGUUUUGGUUGCUUUUCUAUCAUGUGAAUAAAAGCAAUGAUUUGUUUAACCCUCUCCUAACUAUUGGUGCGUGUACAGGGUGAGUAAAAAAACAAGCAGAACCCAAACCCCAUAAAUGUUAUUUCAUAUUUAAAAAAAAUAUGUAGCACCAACAAUAAUAAUGACUGGAAAGCCAAUUUCAUAAGCUACUUUUAGAUGAAAACAAUUACUGAAAUUGCUCAAAUCUGUUCAAAGAUUAUCACCAUUUAACACAAUGACCCACAAUUGUCUUCAAACAUCACCAGCGAUAAAACCUCAGUUUAAAAGUUAAAAAUAUUCAACAAAGUCCUUUUGAAGGCCUGUCUUUAAAAAAAAAAGGAUUUAUAAAUUGUAUUGAUGGCCUAACCAGGGUUAGGAUAUUGUUAUAAAGAUAUUGUGUACUACAGUAUUGUAAUAAAGAUAUAUUGUAAUAAAGAUAUUGUGUACUACAGUUGUUGACAGUUGUUGAAACAAGUAUUUUUUUUUGUUUUUUUCUUUGUUGUGCCAAACAGUCAAAAUACACAAUGAAUUGCUUUUCCUGGAUGGAACAGGUUGUAGGGUCAUUGCCUUUGUGAUAUUCUUUGAAUUGGUUGAGCAAUUUCAGUAUUUUUUUAUCUAAAAGUAGCAUAUGAAAUUGGCUUUCCUGUCAUUAUUUUUGGUGCUACAUUGUACAUAUUUUUCUAAAUAUGACAUUUUAAUUUUGGGGGUUUGGGUUCUGCUUUUGUUUACUCACCCUGUAGUUGACAAAGCUGCACACUGAACACUGAAAAGAGAUCUAUCCAACAUGUUUUAAUUUUAUGGUAGGAUCUUACCAAUUAAAGAAGCAUUUUAGAUGUCUCCAAGGUGUAAAUAUGAAACGUUAUUUUUGAGAAAUCACUUCUGAAAUAUAAAUUUGCAUCUGGAUCAUAGUAUUGAGGGUUACAUACAGAACCUUGUUGGAUGAAUCGAUCAUAAAACACUGUUCUUUGGGCUUGAUUUUCAGACCACAUGCAAAGGGUGACUGAAGUAAACGGCACUAUUCCUUUUGUAUAUCAAUCUGUGAUAGUGAAAGCCAUGUGUGACUGGUCUGUCAUUACUAGGGUGGUUGCUUGUUUGUUGGCAUGUUUCACACAUUCUUAUAUUCAAGAUGCCAUACAUGCAUGGUUAUAUGCCAUUUCAAUCAGGGCUUGUAGAUGUUGUGGCUUGAUGAGUCUGUACCUGCCGGGUGAUUAACACAUCUGAGCUACUUCAGAUGAAUAAGCAGUGUGUUGGGAGGGUAGAUUCAUCUUGGCAAGCAAACCAUUCGAAAUAUAAGCAGUACCUGAAAUAAUAAAAUAGAUGCAUGGAAAAUAGCGAAGGGAAUUCAGUGGGUGGACCCAGUUCUAAGAUAAACCAGAACUCUCUAGACCCUGACAAAAAUAUCUAUAAAGUCACCCCUUCUACUAUCAGACAGUACUUAUUAAUCCUAACCCCCAAGGGUGUGUGGUAUAUUGGAAGAUUUAGGACUGUUAGGAUUAAUGUCAUUGAUGCACAAUUCUCAUGCCUGACCUACUUUUGAAUUAAGUAAAGGGCCAUUGUUUUAUUCCGAUUUCAAGCAACUCGCACAUAAGUUUUAGUUGUCUUAUUACAUUGUAGUUCUCACUGGUUUUUGUAUUUUAAGUGCCAUAUGAUUACAUGAAUCCCAAUAAAUGAUCUUCAGUCAUA